GCGUGUGGCACGUACGUACAGCUGCGAUGCUCGUGGCAAAAGCGUAGCACGCAUUACGAUUUCAUAACAAACAAGAUGGCUGCGUACAUGAUGAAAAGGUGUUGGAGCUUGGGACGUGCCUUGAGAGGCCAGUUGCACCAUCAAGUUUGUCAGAAGGGUUCGUACCCAAAACACUUCUCCGUGAGCACAGAGGCAGUAGCUACAGAAGACUCCAUCAACAUCACUGACAGUUGUGUCAAGCAACUAUCCAGGAUUAAUGAUGGGGAUAAGCAUCUCAGGGUGCUUGUGGAGGGAGGCGGUUGCUCCGGCUUUCAGUGCAAGUUCCAGCUCGACUCACAAGAAAAUGUCACAGGGGAAGACAGGGUGUUCGAGAGAGAUGGUGUCAAGGUGAUAGUGGAUGAGGUGUCCCUGGGGUACAUCAAGGGUGCCACGGUGGACUACCACGAGGAGUUGAUUCGUUCGGCCUUCAGGGUCAUCAAUAUCCCCAUGGCCGAGAACGGCUGUUCAUGUGGCGUUUCCUUCUCUCUCAAGUUAUAACGAGUGGUGUGUGAAAAGUUUGCCAAAAGAGAAGUGUCAGUGACCGCCUACCUGCUGGACUUCAGUGAUGAGUUUAGCCGUGCACUAUUUGUUUCCCUGCUUGGUGUGCUUGCUAGUCUCUCCACCAACCUGUCUUGGCAAGAAGUCUUUGGACUUGGUGAACUCCAGCCAAAUGAAGUCUUCAUUGUUGAAGUGCAGGCUCAACAGGAGUUAAGUCUUCAAACUGUGUUGACUUGUACUGCUCUGAGUUUACACUCUUUAACAUUGACUACUUUUACCAAUUUCCAACUUUUCUCAUUUUUGUUAAAAAAUGUACUCCUAAAAGCAGCAUGCUUAAAACUUUAACACAUCUCAGUUGCUGUUUUGUACAUGUAUGUGUAAUAUAAUGUGACUGAGAGGAGAGGUACAAAUCUGUAAAAUGGAUGUGAGAAAUAUUCAUUGACUUAAUGAAGGUAAACUGUGAGCAUAAUUUGCCAGUCACGAGGCUGUUGAAUGUGGUACCACUAACAAGCUGACCUGCUGUCAUACUGCUCUUGCAUGGUUGGAAUGGGUAAGGAGUCUAGGAGUUUAUUCUGGGUUGAGCAUGGAGACAGUACAGGAUACCACUGACCAGCCAACAGGGAAUGCAUCCUGCAUUGUGAAGUAAGCAUCUUCUGGAGUCUUGAUGCAUUGCUGCAUUGACUACCGAAAUAAGUUGAGUCACAUGAUGAGUUGGCCCAUGUACCACUGAAUUGCCAAAGAACUCAGUUCUCAAUUCUAUUAACCCCUUUGCGCCGGGACGUGGAUAAAGCCGCCGUAAAAAUUGAGAUCCUCAGCCCGCUUUUCAGCUAUUAU